CCGCUGGCGCGGGACCUGGGGCUCAGCGCGGACGAGCUGCCGGCGCGCAAGCUGCAGGUGGCGUCUGGCGGCAAGAAGCAGCUGAAAUACUUCAUGGUGAAUGAGGAGAACGGGAACCUGUACGUGAACGAGAGGCUGGACCGGGAGGAGAUGUGCGGCGAGUCGGCGACCUGCUCUGUCAGCUUCGAGGCGCUGGUGCACAACCCGCUGAAUAUUUUCCACGUCGAAGUGUCCAUUGAGGACGUGAAUGACAACUCCCCAGUCUUCAGCAAGGCUGUUCUGGACCUCGAGAUCGGUGAAUUAAUCCCUCCAGGUGCUCAUUUUCCCCUGGAGAUGGCCCGAGAUGCAGACGCAGGAAGCAACUCGCUGCUGACUUACCAGCUCACCAGCAACCCGUCGUUUUCACUGUCAAUGAAGGAAAAGCCGGGUGGCAGGAAGCUACCAGAAUUAGUCCUGGAGAGAGUUUUGGACCGAGAGAAGCAGAGCUCCUUUGAGCUGGUACUGAUGGCCGUAGAUGGCGGGGAUCCCGCGAGGUCCGGGACUGUCCAGGUUCGCAUAAACGUGACAGAUGCCAACGACAACCCACCCAUGUUCAACAAAAGCCUCUACGAGGCGAGAGUAUCAGAGAAUCUUCCACUAGAGUCCGUGGUGCUGCAGGUACGAGCGACCGAUGCUGACGCAGGCUCGAACGGGCGAAUCUCUUACUCGUUGGGCAGCAUCCCGGACUCCGUCAGGGCGUUGUUCACUAUCGACAGCGAGAGCGGGGAAGUGAGGACAGCGGGUCCCCUCGAUUUCGAGGAGAAGAAUAAAUAUGUCUUUGGGGUGGAAGCGAGAGAUGGCGGCGGUCUCGUCAGUCAGUGCGAAGUGCAGAUAGACAUCACCGACGAGAACGACAACGCGCCUGAGAUCACCAUUCUGUCCCUCUCGAGCCCUGUCCCCGAGGACGCUCCGGCCGGCACUGUUGUAGCCCUCCUGAAUGUGGACGACCCCGACUCGGGCGAGAAUGGUCAGGUGUCGUGCGAGCUGUCGGGAGAGGCGCCGCUGUCGAUCGUGGCGUCGUCGGGCGGCUCGUACAAGGUGGUGACAUCGGGGGCGCUGGACCGCGAGCAGGCGUCGGAGCAUCGCGUGACGGUGGUGGCCCGGGACCGGGGCAGGCCGGCGCUGCGGAGCAGCAGGGAGCUGGUGCUGGAGGUGUCGGACGUGAACGACAACGCGCCGGUGUUCGAGGAGGCGGCGUACAGCGCGUACGUGGCGGAGAACAACGCGGCGGGCGCGCUGGUGCUGCGCGUGCAGGCGCGGGACGCGGACGCGGGCGCCAACGGGCGCGUGAGCUACUGGCUGGCGGGCGGCAGCGCGGGCGCGGCGGGCGCGGCGCCGCUGGUGUCGGUGGAGGCGCGGAGCGGCGCGCUGUACGCGCAGCGCUCCUUGGACUACGAGCAGUGCCGCGAGUUCACGGUGGCCGUGCGGGCGCAGGACGGCGGCUCGCCGGCGCGCAGCUCCACGGCCACGGUGCGCGUCUUCGUGCUGGACCGCAACGACAACGCGCCCAGGGUGCUCUGGCCCGCGCCGACGGCCGGGCCGGGAGAGGCUGCGGGAGGGGCGGUGUCGGCGCCUUUCGAGGUGGUUCCGCGCUCGGCCGAGGCCGGCUACCUGGUGGCCAAGGUGGUGGCGGUGGACGCGGACGCGGGGCGCAACGCGUGGCUGUCGUACGAGCUGGUGCAGGCGUCGGAGCCGGCGCUGUUCCGCGUGGGGCUGCACAGCGGCGAGGUGCGCACGGCGCGCGCCGUGGGCGAGCGGGACGCGGCCAAGCAGCGGCUGGUGGCCGUGGUGAAGGACCACGGGCAGCCGGCGCUGUCGGCCACGGCCACGCUGCACGUGGUGCUGGCCGAGAGCUUGCAGGAGGCGCUGCCGGAGCUGAGCGAGCGGCCGGCGGGCGCCGAGGCGGCGGCGGCCGAGCUGCAGUUCUACCUAGUGCUGGCGCUGGCGCUGCUGUCGGCGCUCUUGGUGCUGAGCGUGGCGCUGGCCGUGCUGGCGCGGCUGCGCCGGGCCGGGCCGCCCGCCGUGCUGCGCUGCCUGGGCGCGCAGCGCUUCUCGCUGGCCGGCGCCGCCUUCCCGGCCGACUUCUGCGAGGGCACCUUGCCCUACUCCUACAACCUGUGCGUGCCGCCGCCCGCCCGCGCCGUGCCCGAGGCCGCUUGGCCGCCGCCGCCGCCGGUGCCCAUCCUGUCGGCGGAAGAGCUUCUGGGCGGAGAUUCCUGCGGGAAGCCGAGCCAGAACAGUGACAUCGUCGUGGGAGAGGCUCCCGCCAAUCCCGAUGCACCACAGACCGUGCAGAAGCUGGGAGCAGAGUCGGAGCCGGAGCUGUCUGGGUUGGCGGCAGCGAGCUGCAAGAUAACGAGCGGUGCCGCGGCCGAGAUGUGCGCGGCGGGGAGGCGCUGGGGCCGGCGGCAGCGAGCUCUGCUCUGGGCCGUGCUGCUGGCGGCGUGGGAGGCGGCGUGGGGGCAGCUGCGCUACUCGGUGCCCGAGGAGAUGCCCAAGGGCUCGUUCGUGGGCGACGUGGCCAAGGACCUGGGGCUGCAGCUCCCGGAACUCAGCGAUCGCGGCGUCCGAGUGGUCUCGGAAGGUAGGACGCAGUAUUUCGCUCUGCACGGGAAGACGGGAUAUUUAGUGACGGCGGAGAGGAUCGACAGAGAGCAGCUGUGCCGGCUGGUAGAGAAAUGCGUGCUGCGCUGUGAGCUGAUAGUGGAGGGACAGAUGCAGGUUUAUGGGAUCCAAGUGGAAAUCACGGACAUUAACGACAACGCGCCGAGCUUCAAGGAAUUUGAGCUGGAAGAAAGAAUAAGUGAGACAACAGCCCCGGGGUCGCGAUUUCCACUUACAGAGGCACAUGACCAGGACUUGGGCCGUAAUUCGCUUCAGAGCUACGAGCUGAGCGGUGACGAGCACUUCUCGCUGGCCGUGCAGGCGGGCCCCGGCGGCGAUCAGCGUCCCGAGCUGGUGCUGGCGAAGGCGCUGGACCGGGAGGAGGCGGCGUUUCACGAGCUGGUGCUGAGGGCGAUGGACGGCGGCGAUCCGGCACGGACGGGCACGGCUCGGAUCCGCGUGACGGUGCUGGACGCGAACGACAACGCGCCCGUGUUCAGCCAGGCGGAGUACACGGUGCGUGUGCCCGAGGACGUGCCCGUGGGCUCCACCCUCGUCGCUGUCACGGCCACGGAUGCCGACGAGGGGCUGUACGGACACGUUAAAUACACUUUGAAAAAAUUGUCCGACAUAGCAUCGAUUAUCUUCCACCUGGACUAUGAGAGUGGAGCGAUCAGUCUGUUGCAGAACCUGGAUUUCGAGGAAGGCAACACUUACGAACUGGAGGUGCAGGCACGGGACGGAGGAGGACUUUUCGACACUGCCAAAGUCACGAUCACCGUCACAGACAUAAAUGAUAAUGUGCCGGUGAUUUCGGUGAGGUCGGCACUAAGUGAGAUUUCUGAGGACGCUCCGACAGGGACGGUGGUCGCCCUUCUUCACGUGCAGGACUUGGACUCGGGGGCCAACGGCGACGUUCGGUGCUCUCUCGACGGAGGCGUCCCGUUCCGGCUGGAGAAGUCCUAUGAAGACUACUACCGUGUGGUGACAGCGAGAGAGCUGGACCGGGAGCACGUGUCGGAGUACAACGUGACGGUGCGGGCGGCCGACGGCGGGUCGCCGUCGCUGCAGAGCAGCGCGGUGCUGGCGCUGCGGGUGCUGGACGUGAACGACAACGCGCCGGUGUUCGCGGAGGAGCGCUACAGCGCGCGGCUGGCGGAGAACAACGCGGCGGGCGCGCUGGUGCUGACGGUGCGCGCCACGGACGCGGACUGGGGGCAGAACGCGCGCGUGCGCUACCGGCUGGCGGAGGGGCGGGUGCGUGGCGCGCCGCUGUCGUCGUACGUGUCGGUGCAGGCGGAGACGGGCGCGCUGUACGCGCUGCGCUCCUUGGACUACGAGCAGCUGCGCGAGCUGCAGCUGUGUGUGCGGGCGGAGGACGGCGGCGCGCCGGCGCUGAGCAGCAACGUGUCGGUGCGGCUGCAGAUCGUGGACGAGAACGACAACGCGCCGCAGGUGCUGUACCCGCCGGCGGCGGCCGCAGCGGCGGCGUGGUCGGGCGUGGAGCUGGCGCCGCGGCGGUCGGAGGCCGGCGCGCUGGUGGCCAAGGUGGUGGCGGUGGACGCGGACGCGGGGCAGAACGCGUGGCUGUCCUACGAGCUGGCCAAGGCCACGGAGCCGGGGCUGUUCCGCGUGGGGCUGCACAGCGGCGAGGUGCGCACGGCGCGCUCGCCGCUGGCCCGCGACGCGGCGCGCCACAGCCUGGUGGUGCUGGUGCGGGACCACGGGCGGCCGGCGCUGUCGGCCACGGCCACGCUGAGCGUGGUGCUGGCCGAGAGCGUGGCCGAGCUGCUGGCCGAGCUGGGCAGCGCGGCGCACGAGGCGGCGGCGCCGGGCGAGCCGGCCGCCAGCCUGACGCGCUGGCUCGUGCUGGCCGUGGCCGCCGUCUCGUGCCUCUUCGUGGCCUUCCUGCUGCUGCUGCUGGCGCUGCGCCUGCGCCGCUGCCACCGCCAGCAGCUGCUGCCGCCGGACAGCGGCGCCUCGCGCGGCGUGCCCGUCUCGCACUUCGUGGGCAUCGACGGCGUGCGCGCCUUCCUGCAGUCCUACUCGCACGACGUGUCGCUCACGGCCGACUCGCGCAAGAGCCACCUGCGCUUCUCGGCCGCCAGCUGCUGCGACACCCUCCCGGCCCGGCCGCCGCCCGACGAGCCCGCGCCGCUGCUCGGCGACGAGGACCCGGCCGGCGCCAUCCCCUCGGACCCCGCCCCUCCCUCGCUAGAUGGGUGA